AUGCCCUCUCUCCUCUCCUCCAAGCCUUUGUUCCUGCAAACAGCAGAAGACUAUCACAAACCUCCUCCCAAAGGCCAACCCUACUCCAUCACCCUCUCAGGCUCUGAACAACCCGGCCGAACCCCGGUGUACCGACACCACAAGUCCCGUGAUGGACUUCUCGAGACACUCGACCCGGCCAUCCGUACAGGCCACGACAUGUUCGAAUCAUCCGCACAGAAACAUCCUCAUGCUCCAUGCCUGGGCUACAGACCCUACGAUUCCGCCAAGAAAGCCUGGGCGCCUUAUGAGUGGCUUGACUAUGAGACCGUUCAGAAGAGACGAGCAGACCUGGGUGUGGGCCUGGUGGAAAUCCACGCACGAGAGGGCAUCACUGGCACACAAUAUGGUGUUGGAUUGUGGUGUCAAAACCGACCCGAAUGGCAGUUGACUGAUCUGGCUUGCAUGUCACAAUCGCUCUUCAGUGUUUCGCUCUACGAUACCCUAGGUCCGGAGACAUCUGAGUACAUCAUCAGGCAUGCAAACUUGGCCUGCGUGGUGACUUCAUUGGCGCACGUUCCAGUGCUUCUCCAGUUGAAAUCACGGUUGCCCGACCUCAAAGCUCUUGUUGUGCUAGACUCGCUCGCUCCUGCCACAAAUGAGGCCCCGGAAUUGUCCAAGCAAGCCCUUCUCGACUCGCUAGCCAAGGAAGCAGGUAUCAAGAUUUAUUCUCUAGAAACCGUGGAACAGUUGGGAGCUUCGUUGAAGAGGCCAUAUAAUCCUCCAAGACCGACAGAUGCCAUCACGAUCAACUAUACGUCCGGAACCACCGGUCCACCAAAGGGAGUCUUGCUGACGCACGCGACCGCUGUUGCUGCAACAUCAUCUUCGCUUGUUGCUUCACCCACUGAUCACAACGGAGUUUCAAUCAGCUAUCUGCCUUUGGCUCAUAUUUAUGGCCGACUUCUCGAGCAUUCAGUCCUCUGGUCUGGAAGUCGGAUUGGGUACUUUCACGGUAACCCUCUUGAGCUAGUUGAUGAUUUGAAGCUGCUUCGCCCGACCACAUUUGCUUCCGUUCCUCGACUAUACAACCGCUUCGGAGGUGCUAUCAAGUCACAGACAGUGGAGCAACCGGGAUUCAAGGGCGCUCUCAGUCGACAUAUUGUCAAGACCAAACUUGCCAACGCCAAUCCCGCUCCAAAGACUCCUGGAGCGUCUCCUCCGACUCCUACCUUCAAGCAUGCGUUCUACGACCGUAUUUGGGGCCGGAAAGUUGCCGGGGCUUUUGGUUUGGACCGUGUCACUACCAUGGUAUCUGGUGCUGCGCCUCUUGAUCCAUCGCUACAAGCCUUCCUUCGUGUGGUGUUCGCCUCGAGAACCAUGCAAGGUUACGGACUGACGGAAACCUAUGCAAUUGCUCUCGUCCAACCAGUAGAUGAUUUCACUGUCUCAAGCGUUGGUGGUGUGGUCCCCUGCCAGGAAGCUUGCCUCUUGAGUGUUCCAGACAUGGACUAUACCGUCGAAGAUAAGCCCCAUCCGAGAGGCGAGCUUCUCCUGAGAGGUAAAUCCGUGUUCAGUGGUUAUUACAAAAAUGACGAAGAGACCGCAAAUUCAUUUACCGAGGACGGUUGGUUCAAGACUGGUGACAUUUGCAGCGUGGACGAACUUGGCAGAUUCUCAAUCAUUGAUCGAAGGAAGAAUGUGCUCAAACUGGCUCAGGGAGAAUAUCUUUCGCCUGAAAGAAUUGAAGGUGUCUAUCUGUCAUCGUUGACAUAUCUCGCUCAAGGAUUCGUCUACGGAGACAGCGUGCAAACAUUCCUCGUUGCUAUUUUUGGAGUUCAACCCGAUACAUUUGCCGUUUUCGCAUCCAAGGUCCUCGGUCGCGAGAUCUCGCCGACGGAUUUGGUGGCCAUCAAAGCAGCUGCCAGCGAACCCAAGAUCAAAGCAGCUGUUCUGAAAGAUCUAGACAAAGUCGGUCGAAAGAAGAAGUUUGCUGGCUACGAGAGGGUCAGAAAUAUUUACCUGACACUCGAUCCUUUCACUAUCGACAAUGAGUUGUUGACGCCAACCUUGAAGCUCAAGAGACCAGUCGCCGCCAAGAGGUACCGUGAUGUACUUGAUGGAUUAUAUGCGGAGGCUCUCGAAGCGGAGAAGAGCCAGCCACAGAAAGCCAAGUUGUGA